GGGAGCGGGUGGUGGCCUUGGCAGCUGUCGCGACGUUCAUGUCGGAGGCUGUCGCCGGGCCGCGGGCGUGGGAAGCCAGCCCCUCGGAACACAGGAAGUGGGUGGAAGUCUUUAAAGCUUGCGAUGAAGAUAACAAAGGCUACCUAAGCAGAGAGGACUUUAAGGUUGCCAUUGUCAUGCUGUUUGGGUACAAGCCUUGCAAGAUAGAAGCAGAUUCUGUGAUGUCUUCAGUCAACCCAACCACCUCUGGUCUAUCACUUACGGAGUUCUUAAAUAUCAUAAGGAAAAAGAAGGAAGCACAGCUCUAUCGGAAUGAGAUAAGACACAUCUUCACAGCUUUUGAUGUGCACUAUUGUGGAUUUUUAACUCUGGAAGAUUUCAAAAGGGCAUUUAGUCAGGUGGCUCCCAAGUUACCAGAAAGGACUGUUCUAGAAGUAUUCAGGGAAACAGAUCAAGACUCAGAUGGUCAUGUCAGCUUCAGAGACUUCGAAUAUGCCAUGAAGCAUGGACAGGCAGAAUGAAGGCAAAUUCUCGUGAACUACUUUUGGCAGAUCAAUAGAGUGUAAUGUAUUUGAAGGUCAAACAGACAUUAUUUCUGUAACAAUGUGAUGCUUUGUACUUGUGAUUAAACUCUCCAUCUUGGUA